AUGGAGUUCAGCUCCGCGCGGCAGGCGAUACUGCAACUACUCCGAACCGUGGCUCCGGCAGACCUCCCAGCUCUGCUCGAGUGGAUGCGAACUUCCCGAGAUUUUGAUGAGUUCACUCACGAUAAUAAUGACAGUAUGUUGAAAAGCAUAGCAGAAGAUCUUCGAAAUCUCUUACCUCUAGAAACUAUGCUUUCCUCCGAACAUCUAGCCGUCCAAAAAAUACAGCAGCAGCCAGAACCCACAGUUCAUGUGGAUGCAUUCCUUUAUGAUGAAGAUGUUAUUGAUUCAUUAUGUGAGGAAGGAAAAAUGAGCAGAAACUACUGUGUGGUGUGUGGCUCAUACCAGACAGCACCUUUAGGAUUUAUUUCUCAUUCCUUCUCUCUCGUGGAAUUGAAGUUCAUUUACCAUCAUGUGCUCCCUGAUCUUUCGGGAAAGCUCUUGGUUGACGUCGGCUCCAGGCUUGGCUCAGUCCUUUACGGGGGUUAUCUAUACAGUUCAGCAUUGCAACUGUAUGGAGUAGAAUUGAAUGGAGACUUUUGCCAAUUGCAGGAAAUGAUCAUAAAAAAAUACCAGUUCACUGACAGAAUAAAGGUGCUUCAUGCAGACAUCUGUACCCAGGAUUCACUUCUGCAAAAUGCUGAUGUUGUUAUAAUGAAUAAUGUCUUCGAAUAUUUUCUUGAUGAGGCAGAACAGGCCAGAGCCUGGGAAUGUAUCAGCAUUAACGUAAGGAAGCAAGGCUCGUUAUUGGUGACAGUGCCAAGCCUUGAAGAGUCUCUCUCAGGUCUUCAGGUUAGUAUACAGUUAUCUUCCUGGGUUGAAGAGAUACCACUGAACUAUGAUGUAUAUCCAGAAAAGGAUAUUAACAGGGAAGCUUUUGAACAAAUACAUUUGUAUAAGAUUCUCUAG